AUGGCUAGAGCUGGUGCUCCCCCCGGAUCCAACUCCCGUGGUCGCGGAGGCAAGUUUCGGAAGUUUACUCGCGGUGGCGGCAAGCACUACUCCCGAGACCUCCGACCCCAGGACGAAAACGGCAAUGAGAUAAGCAUGUGGUCCGAAGACGCCCAGAAGCACAUCGCCGGCCUCUCCUCCAACAGCGAAGAAGAGUCCGACGAGUCCGGCUCCGAGGACGAGCGCUCCGGCCAAGCCCUCAGCCGCGAGGACCGCAAGAAGGAAAAGAAGGCCCGUAAGGAGGCCGCCAUAGCCCGCAAGAACGCCCAGUCCGUGCAGGUCGGCGACCUGCCCCCCUCCGACGACGAUGACGACGACAGCGAGGACGGCGAUAUGCCCGCCAACCCCAACCAUUCCAAGGCCGCGAGGAACCAGACCAAGAUCGUCGACAACGUGGCCGACGACGUGAGCAAGCUGGCCUUGUCACCGAAUCGGAAGGAGAGGGAGUCAGCUGAUGCUCAGGCCGCCAAGGAGAGGUAUCGUGCUUUGCAUGAGCAGGGGAAGACGGAUGAGGCCAAGGCCGAUUUGGCUCGUUUGAAGCUUAUUCGCGAGCAGCGAGAGGCCGAGGCCGCCCGGAGAAAGGCUGAGAAGGAGGAGAAAGACGCCCAGGAGGCGGCUAGGAAAGCGGAUCUGGAGGCCAAGCUCGCUGCCAUCGAGUCAAAGAAGGCUGGCAAGAAGUUGAAAUAA